GAAGAAGCCAACUCAUCUGACACAACCAGUGGGCCAAAGAAAGGGGAAAAGCGGGAGCAGCACUGUCUAGUACGAAUGGAAAAUCAAAGUCGGAGAGGGCGAGGAAGAGUGUAAAGAAGAGGACACAGAGAGGAGACGACGCUGAGAGGCUGGAGAGGAGGAAAAAAGUUUUAAACAGCGAAACAAGAGCAGAAAAAAGGGAAUCAGAAGAGUCCCCAACUUUCAAAGAGAGAGCACGAUGUCGACGCUGUCAUCUGAAAGCAGCCCUGAGGAUGUGAACAAUCGCAGCUUCUGGAUGCCUGGGAACUAUCAGCGCACAGUGAAGCGCACAGAGGAUGCUUUCCAGGCCUGUAAUGACAUCGUGGCAUGUUUCCAAGAGAGGGCACGCAUGGAGAGGCAGUACGCUCAGCAGUUAAGUGAAUGGAGCAACAAGUGGAAACCAGUAGUAGACUCCAGUCCUUUAUACGGCUCUCUUCUGAAGGCUUGGCAGUGUUUUCUGUCCUCCGCUGACCGGCUGGCCUCCUUACACGCCUCCAUCUGUCGCUCUCUGGUGUCGGAAGAUGGAGACCGGGUCAGGACCUGGCAGAAGGACACCUUCCACAAGAAAUUAUUUGGAGGCUUUAAAGAGUCUCAGGACAUCGAGACAGGCUUUGCACGUGCUCAGAAGCCGUGGGCCAAACGCCUUAAAAAGCUGGACAAAGCCAGAAGGGCAUAUCACAAGGUGAGUCGCAAGGAGCAGGCAGCCAGGGAGCGAGAGGCACAUGCUCAGGGAAACCCAGACGUCGCCAUCGACAAACAGAAGAAGAUCCAAGAGGAGAGAGAGUUAGUUCAACAGGAAUCCGAGAAGGUUCGUGCCCGCUAUGAGAAAGUCCUGGAGGAGGUGAAUCGCUACGCUCCUCGCUACAUGGAGGAGAUGGAGUCCAUCUUUGACCAAUCCCAGGACGAGGAGCGCAAGAGGAUCAUGUUUCUCAAACAGGCCUUCCUCUCCAUCCACAAACACCUGGACAUUACCAACGAUGAAAGUGUGAGGGCAGUGUACAGUGAGCUCCACAACACACUGAUGGCCAUUGAUGAGCAAGAGGAUCUUCGCUGGUGGAAAAACACCCACGGACCCGGCAUGCCAACCGACUGGCCACACUUCCAGGAAUGGACACCUGAAAAGAAAAAUAAAAAAGGGAACAAAGAAGUGGAAAAGAAAGAAACAAUAGAGAAAAGUGUGAUGAUUGGUGGAGUGAAAGUAAGAGCUCUGUAUGAUUAUGUGGGCCAGGAAACAGAUGAGCUGUCCUUUAAAGCAGGUGAGGAGUUUUUGAAGGUUGAGGAUGAAGAUGACCAGGGCUGGUGUCGGGGGAUGAAGGAUGGUGGCUGGGAGGGGCUUUACCCUGCUAACUAUGUGGAGGUGGUAUAGUUACUGUGUGAGGACUGAAUAUGGAAAAUCUUGAUGUUCACGUGGUUCGUCUAUCAGCUUGACUAAACGUCUAAAUGUCAGAAAGAUCAAAGCAGUGCUGUAAAAAAAUCAACACCAUGUAGCUGUUAGCCAAAGAUGAGCAUCCAAUCACACUUUGGUGGCUAAUUUGGCUCAAAGAGAGGUUUAAAACUGAGCAGGGUUGUAAUCUCUUGAAGGAAUUUUUCUUUUUUCAAAUGUUUUAAUAUAUACAGUAUGCAGAGACCAUUUGUAUCAGACACACAUGUAUACAAGGCUUUCAUAUAAGUAAAAUAACCAUUUGCUGGAACCUAAAGGUACACUAACACAUAUGGUGCUGAAAUUAUGGAGUUUUCUUUAUUUUUUUAUUACCACAACACUUUGACAUUAAAAUGCUCACAAAGCUUCACAGCACAAAGUAUGAAGAGAGUAAUUAUAAUUAAUCUGAAGCAGCCGUACACUUAGAGACAGCGAGGUAGAUUUCUCUUCUGUUUCUGUGGCUUAAAGGAAAAGGUUGAAGUCAUGAGGAAUGGUUUUGUUUGUGUUUGAACCUUCAAUUUGAGAAAAAUAAGACUGACAACAGUUUUCAUCUCUGUGUUGUGACCCCAGGAGAAACUGCUAAUAGCAGCAUCAAUAAAUGUCCAUGGGCCACCAAGGAUGUUUUAGUUUUUAUUUAUUUUUUAUUAUGAUUAUUUAAAGCAUUUUCAAAAAUGCUUUAAACUAACAGUUUAUCAUUUGAUUAGCUUCUGAAAGUGAAAGGAGAUGGUCCUAAAACCAGAGAAUUAAAACCCAACCCUGGAUUUUUUUUAGCACAACUAAAAAAGCAAGUUCAAGUGUACUGUGAAAAGAAAAUGAAAAUAACUCUUUUGGCUGUUUAUAUGUGAGGAAUCUCAAAUGAAAUGCAGUUAACAGGUAAAUUGAACUGCAGUACUCAUAAACACAUUUAUUCUUAUUGCUUCAUUACCAACUUGGAUUGACUGACUUGUUUCUUUCUUCUGUGUGUUUUGUUGUUUAAUCAGUUAUUUGCUGACAAAAACAACAAAGGAAGCUGAUGAAAAGAGUACCCUGCUUCAAGGCAAGCUAUUUUCAUCCAGGUUUCAAGUAUACUAAGUACUAUAUUGUCAGUUAAAUGAUAUAUUAGAGGUACAUGAGGAUUUCAAUUAAAUGGACAGUUGGUAGUUCAAUCAAUGGCUCACAAUGAAUGUGUAAAAUGGUCCUGAUGGCUGGGUGGGUGCUGGGUCAUGCUCAAAUGCUUGAAUAAGAAACUCAUUUUAAAGCCCUUUUUCUGUCAAGGAUGCAGUAAAAGUGAUGUCUGUUUCUCAUUUUCACAUUUUGAUAUAUCAGCAGGUUCCUCUCAAUUUUUUGCCAUUCCCGUUUUCCGAUGCUAAUGGAUCAGGAUGAUUAUAAUUUUGGGAUUUUGAUUAUCGAUGUUCUCGGAAAAAAGAACCCAGGUCAAAACAUUAUUGUGAUCCAGUGCUAUCUCUGUGGUCCAUGUUUGGAGAUGAAACUGAUACCACUCGUCUGCACCAGGACCUCAGUCAUACUUUUCAGCAUGUCACGCUGUUCCAUUAAGAUAAGACUGGGGAGCAUAUGUUUUUUCUUCCUCUAUUAUCUAACUAUGUGUUGCUAGAUUGUGUGUAUGAUAUCUGAAAAUGGAAGUAUCUUUACCAAAGUAUAACAACAUGCUGCGCUUGUCUUGUUCAAAGCCUUCUUCAAUAUUCUGUCUGUGCUACUAUUUUAUUUCUUAUGUAAAAACUAUGAUUUUACAAAUAAAAUUUGAAGCUCACGACUCAAAACAA